AUGGACAACACCUCUGCUGCGCCUCCGACGCAGUAUGCGCAGCAAAUUUCGGCCGCCGAUUUCGACCGCCAGGCUGUGGAGUACACGACGCAGGAGGUGGAACGACUGAACGCCGCCGUGCGUGCACAGCCGGAGCUCGGUGCGCGCUCCGAGUUUUUCCAAGACGAGGCGAAUGUGGCCAAGGGUCUGCCAGUUUUCCAGGGGAAGCACACGCGCUUCGUAUAUGACGAUGAAGAGGGAGAGAUUGUGGCGGCCGUGGACGUGACGCAGGAGGCGCUGAACAAUGGACCCGUGGUGCGCACAGUCGCGGAGUUGGACGAGGACGUUGACAGCGACGACGAAGGAGAAGAAGAUGCAGAAGGAUAUGAUGAAGAGGAGGACGAGGCGGUGCGGAACGCAUUUUACAGUGCAGACGGUAUGGCUGUGGACGACGCGCACGUGAACGCAUUUAUGGAGGACGUGGAGAUGGAAAUGGCUGCAGUAGCCAUCGACGAGCAGAAGCUGCUGAGCGCGGCUUCUCAGAGACAGUGA